AUGCCUCCACCAUGUGUUAUUGAAACAUGCAAACCAAUUAUUAAUGAUAUCAAACAUGAUAUAGAUCAAUAUGAAGAGAAUGGCAUUUUAGUUGAUGUUCAUCCUUUAAUUAUUAAUAACAAUUUGAUUUAUAUUGAAAAAUGGACAGUGAAUGAAAUUGAUAUAUCAACUCUUUCGUCUCUUUAUCGAACAAUCGAUUGUUCUAAUGGUGAUUGGCCUGUAUUAACUAGCAAUAAUCGAUUUUUACUAUUGAAUCAAUAUCCUAAUGUAUGUUUAUUUGAUAAAGAAUUAACUAUUGUAAAACAAUGUCCAUGGGAAUAUGAUCGUAUUCCUGAUAUGUGUUGGUCUUCAACAUUAAAUUGUUUUAUUAUGGACACAAAUAAAAAUGAAGUUUUUCAAGUUAAUGAAAAUUUAAUAUUAAUUCAAUCUAUUGAAACAAUCGAGAAGAAGGAGUGGUUGUCUUGUACAUGCUCGGAUGUGUCUCUAUUUCUUACGACUAAUGAUGGACAUUCUGGUAUUUUUGAAUUCAAUCUUUUAUCAUCAUUUUGUUUAAUUAAACAACGGAAAUUUCCUCAAAUUUGUAAUAAAGAUGAAUUUAUUCAUAAUAUUGCUUAUAAUAAUGGAACACUUGCUUUAUUAAUAUCAUACCAAUCCUUUAAAUAUGAUUCCAGUAAAACAGUACGUAUAGAAGUUCGAUCUUCAUCAACACUCGAUCAACUUUGGUCACUUCCUCUUAAUAUAGCAUAUCAGGAUGGACGAGUCAAUCGUACUAGAACGUAUGUUGAUGAAAUUCGAACUGAAACUGCAAAUCAAUUGGAAAAAACACUGUUGAAUCAAAAUAAUGUAUCUACUGUUGAAUCACUUAUUGUUAAUGAUAAAAAUAAACUUAUUGAAUUGAAUAAAAAACUUGACCGAGAAAUAAUUCCUUUUGGUCAUCGUUGUGCUGCUGAAAUUGCUCGACAAACAAAGAUACCUGUACGUACUCUCCGAAUUAUAUCACGUUUAUUUUGGUUUGAUUAA